AUGGCCUGCCUCAACGACGACGUCCUCCACCUCAUCGUCGACGAGCUCGCCAAACACGUCGACGUCCGCCACGAGCACCCGUCGCGCAACGACGUCCUCGCGCGGAUCUGCCUCGCGUCGCGCUCGCUCGCCCAAGUCGCCCGUCGCCGACUCUGGCGGGACAUCGAGAUCUCGCAAGGGCGGCAGCUCGAGAUGCUCAAGGCGGCAUGCUCGGCCGACGGACGAGGCGAGGGCACGACGACGUACACGGUGCGCUGGUCGUGGACGGCCAACGCCGCCCUCGUCGACCUUGUCGACGUCGCGAGGUGGUUGCCCGCCGUCGCGGACCUGCGCGUGCACGGCUCGUGGACCGACCUGGACCUGUCCGUCGCGCAGAAGUAUACUUGUCUUCGUCGCCUGACGCUCGUCGGCGUCCGACUCUCGCUCCGCGAGCCCGUCGUGCUACCUCAACUCGAAGAACUGAGCAUCUACAACGUUUCGACGCACUCGUCCUUGCCCUGUCGACUGUUCGACCCGGUCGCACUGCCCGCCCUGCGCGCCGUUCGCCUCGCGGGCUUCUCCGACUACCAGUCGUACGACACGUUCCAGCUGGCCGACAUCCUCUCGCCCGCCAUCCUCGCCCAACUCGACUGCAUCCAGACGGACCCCUCGGCCCUCGAGCUCGACGGCGCCCUUGCCCGAGGCGACUCGCCGCCCGUCCUCGUCAAGCUCGUCUCGAUCCCGCCGACCCUCCCCCGCCACGCCCUCUUCCAGUCCCCUCGCGCCUUCUUCACAGGCUUCGACACGCCAUACACCAGCCGACCCGCACCCGCCGUCGUCCCGCCCGACGCUCACACCCCUUUCGUCGCCGUCUUCCCGCGCUCGCUCGAGGCGUCGAGCAGCGCUGCGCCGGGCGCCGCGCUCGCCAUCGAGGACUUCAAGGUGGCGUGCAGGGAGCGCGGACACGACGUCGUCGACGGCGGCGAGCGGCCGGGCGACUCGCUCGAGGCGCUGUCGCCUGGGUUCUUGAGGUGGGCUCGGGCGCGCAAGGCGGCACAGGCGGCGGCAGGUCACUGA